UUCAUUUUGGUGGGGUAAAAGCAUUAUAGCAGGGAAGAAAAGAAGGAGAAUAAAGUAGGCAAAGCAAAAAUGUAAUGCGCGCCAGUUCUACCGCACAUGGAAUAUGGUACCAGAUCCACUCCUUCGAUGGAAUAUGGCAGUACAAAAGUAGCCAUGAACGAUCGAUAAAUAAUCACUCCUUCGAUGCAAAAUUCUCCACUCCCGCUGCAGUACUCACGCUACCCGCCCCGCAAAUUAUUGUUAUUUUUGCUCAGCAAUACCCACCCUGCAGUUGGAGUUAUGGACAAGGUUCGAAAACUAUUAAGCUAUACCCUCCAUGCAAUUGGAGUUACGAACACUAUCAAGCUGUACAACAAGACGGAAGAAGUUGUGGAUAUCAGGGAGUUACGCGGCGAAAUAAUUACGGGCGAGAACAAUGUCUUCAGUACGAUCACCGUCACAGCUGAUGGCGAGGCCGACAUCGACCCAAAAGAGUAUGACGGGGCCGACUGCCGAGGAGGGCAGCUUCCUUUACUGAUGAUUUUCUGUGGCGGAAGCCUUCUGAGGUUGCCCAAUGGACACUUUCUGUUACCUGGAGAAGAAUUUUUUAGCACUAUUUUCGAAACCGUAACUAUUGUUCCGCUGAACGACCAAACUUCGACUGGAGUUGUCAACUACGAUGUCAAAUUUCAAGCACGAACUGCCUCUGACAAGGUUGACUCUCUUAAGUUUUCUAGAGAUCCAGUUUUGGACCAUGAUAAUGGUUGGUCUGUGCAAUGUAUCAAUGGGAAAGUGAAACUGACUCGUAAGGAGGGUAAGCCGAUGGCCCUGGAUCCGGAGUUAUUUGCUAGUAAUAUUGUCCUUGAACCGGAGACUUCAUUAUUCUGGAAGGCACUUGUGACGUCCUGGCCCGGAACCUUUGCAUAUUUGAACGGCAAAGGUGAUUUGGAGAAAACCGUUGGUGUUGUGAAUGAUCUAGUGGUCCAAGCGAAGAAAUAUAACGUUCAUCGACCGAAAGAUGCAGUUGCCAAGGUGAAGAAGAACGUUGACGUCCUUAACAAAUUGUGCGCCGCCAAGGUGGAAUGGUAUCGCCCUUUAUUCCCGUGGAUGGUGGAAAAUUUUCCGUCUGUGGCUGAAGUUGAUCAGGAGAAGCUGAAAAAGUUUGAAACUUCCAUCAAAUCUCUGCUAAACUCCUUUCCUGGAAGGAGCAGCUGAAAGUCAUGAUCGGUUCUCUUAAGGAGCAUUUGAACUUCUGCUCUUUUGUUUUAAGGAGUAUGUAGUUUUUCGUCUUUUCAAUUUACUUAGUUGUGGUUUGUAAUGCGGUGAAUGCCUGCAUAAUUAAUUUUGACAAUCUUUUGGUGAUUGGGUUUGAUUUAUAUCUUGUUCGGUUAAAAAGGCCAUUGUGGAUUAUUUUGUCCUUAUUUGAAUUUUUUUUGCAUUUGUUAAA